AUGAUAGGCUUGGUCAUCUUCCUCGCCAUCUUCCUGCCUGUCUUGCUGACCAGCAUGAAAAGCUUCCUCGUCAUCAUCCCCGCCAUCAUCCAAAGGCUGAUGAACGAGGCGAGCCUCCCCAUCAACGGCGGCACGCUGGCGCUCCACUCGCCCGACGAGCUCAAGGUCAGCAUCAAAACCACGGUGGCCAUGCCGGCGGGGAUCGUGGCGUCGCUGGACCCCAUCACGCUGCAGCUGUACAACUCCAACACGACGGCCUUUUCGCCCUUUAUGGCCGUCGACCUGCCCAAGCAGCACCUGGACGGGCCCACCGACAUUGACGCGCCCGAGAGCAUCGUGCGCAUCUCCAACAAGACGGAGCUGACCAGCUGGCUGCGCUACGUAGUGCGCGACCCCACCGUCGACCUCUCGCUGCGCGGCGACUCGCACAUCAACCUGGGCGCCAUCCGGUCGGCGGUGCACCUGGAAAAGACGACGCCGGUCCGCGCGCUCAACCACCUCCGCGGCUUCGGCGUGCCCAGCAUCCGGCUCGUGGUCCCGCCCGAGCCCGACGGCGCCAACGUGCGGGGCCAGCUGCUGUUCCCGAACCACACGCCGCUGCACCUGGGGCUGGGCAACCUGACCUUCAACAUGUGGUCGGGCCCCGUGCGGCUGGGCACCGUCGACGUGCACGACGUGCUGGCGGCGCCCGGCGACAACCUGUUUGACUUUCGCGGCGUGCUGCUGCUGCGCGACCUGCUGCCCAACCUGGGCGCCAUCCUGGCCUCGCAGGCGUCCGCGCUCGGCCGCGGCAGCAUCGUGCUGGGCGUGUCGGGCAACUCGACCGUGGUCAACGGCCGGCACGUCGCCUUCUUCGAGGAGGUGCUCAACGGCGAGCGCUUCGAGACGGAGCUGUCGGUCGUGUCGGUGGCCAUGCAGGUCCUGGGCGGCCUGAUCGACCCGGCCGCCAGCAACGGCACGUCGGCCCUCCUCGACACCGUCUCCGCCGUGCUCGGCAACAAGACCCUCAUCGACGGCAUCGUCGACAAGCUCAACGCCUCCCGCGUCGUCGACCGCCUCAAUUCGACCGCCGACCCCGUCGCCAUCCCCGGCAACCUGCUGAAGCGCGUGCAGCGCGAGCUGACCCGGACGGCGCUCAAGUCGGUGGUGAGGGAGUUGAGGGGCGGGAGGAGCAAGCCGCUGUGGAGCCCGACGCGAUAG